AAAAUUAAAAAUAAAGAAGAAGAAGAACGACUUCUGCUUAAGGGUUAUAGAGAUAUAAGGAUGAUUUAUGAGGUUACUGGGGAAGAAAAUGAUUAGACGAAAAGAACCUCCAUCACCUAGGAGCCCUUCAUCUCCGACCAAUGGGACUGAUUUUGCGAUAGCAGUUAAUGGAAUGACUUCUGCUGUAGGACUUGGGCUUCUAGGCAAUGAAGAUGGUGCAGUAACUUCGGGGAACUUUUUUGAGGCUCUAACUUCUUCUGACUUCUAUAAGAACACAAAGGUUCGUGACAUCUCAGGGUCAUUUCGCUGGGCUCCAUUCCUUGCUUUGCAAAAAUCAAACUCCUUCUUAACCAUGCUCUUGCUGCUUUCAAAAUACAAAAUGAAGAGUGUUGCCGUGGUUGAUUUGGGUGAAGGGAAGAUUGAUAACAUCAUCUCACAGUCUGCCGUUAUUCACAUGUUAGCAGAAUGUGCUGGCCUUCAAUGGUUUGAGAGAUGGGGAACUAAAAGGCUGUCUGAGAUUGGGCUUCCUGUAAUGUCAUCUGAUGAUAUUAUCAUGGUAUAUGAGGAUGAACCAGUGCUGCAGGCAUUUAAGCUCAUGAGGAAAAAAAGAAUUGGAGGCGUACCAGUUCUUGAACGUGGUGGUAAAAAGGCAAUGGGUAAUAUAAGCAUAAGAGAUGUUCAUUUCCUUCUUACUGCACCAGAUAUCUACCAUAAAUACAGAUCCAUCACGGCAAAGAAUUUCGUAGUGGCAAUCAGAAAUUACUUGGAGAAGCAAAAUGAGAAACCAGUUGUGGCUAGUGGCCUGAUUACAUGCAAGAGAGACCACACAAUGAAAGAAUUGAUUAUGCUUCUAGACUCCAAGAAAAUCCAUCGGGUUUAUGUUGUGGACGAUGAAGGGAAUCUGGAAGGAGUGAUCACACUCAGAGACAUAAUCUCGAGGUUAGUACACGAGCCCCGUGGAUACUUUGGUGAUUUCUUUGAUGGGGUUUUGCCUCUACCUGCAAACAGCAGGGUUUGAAGAGCACCUGGAAGUUGUGUUCCACUUCCAGUUGGUUUUUCUGAUGACUGAUCCCAUCUUUGUGUGAUGAAUAUCACUCUUUUUGUGCAUUGUGACAUAGCUUGAUAUGCAAGGCUCCCAUGUGAUUAUUUUUCUUUCCAGUUUAACAUGUUUUAAGUUUUUCUGUAAAUUUUGAUGAAACCUUGUAUGAGCCCAUCUCCACUCAUGUCUAAUAAGGCAGCCUUCUUCAUGUUUUCUUCUUUGUUUGAACAACUGAUUGUAAAUUAGUUCUCUGUUUAAUUUUGAUAGU